GUGUGAUCGGAGAAAGGGGAACACCCACCAAACCUGCCGAACAGGAGAAGACGGCGGAGGAGGGGAGGUCCCUGGCUGCCUCCUCCAGGAUGUCCAGAUCCUGGAAGCCUGCGCUCUAAUCCAUCGCUUGCAAGGAAUCUGACGUCUCUCUGCCGAGGUUCCCUACAUUCCCCCUGGGCUCCCCCUGGAGAGGAAUCCGACGUCUUUCUGCAGAGGUUCCCUACAUUCCCCCUGGGCUCCCCCUGGAGAGGAAUCCGACGUCUCUCUGCCGAGGUUCCCUACGUUCCCCCUGGAGAGGAAUCUGACGUCUCUCUGCUGAGGAUACCUACGUUCCCCCUGGAGAGGAAUCUGACGUCUCUCUGCCGAGGUUCCCUACGUUCCCCCUGAAGAGGAAUCCGACGUCUCUCUGCUGAGGUUCCCUACGUUCCCCCUGGAGAGGAAUCCGACGUCUCUCUGCGGAGGUUCCCUAUAUUCCCCCUGGAGAGGAAUCUGACGUCUCUCUGCCGAGGAUCCCUACGUUCCCCCUGGAGAGGAAUCUGACGUCUCUCUGCCGAGGUUCCCUACGUUCCCCCUGGAGAGGAAUCUGACGUCUCUCUGCUGAGGAUCCCUACGUUCCCCCUGAAGAGGAAUCUGACGUCUCUCUGCCGAGGUUCCCUACAUUGCCCCUGAAGAGGAAUCCGACGUCUCUCUGCCGAGGAUCCCUACGUUCCCCCCUGGGCUCCCCCUGGAGAGGAAUCCGACGUCUCUCUGCCGAGGUUCCCUACGUUCCCCCUGGAGAGGAAUCUGACGUCUCUCUGCCGAGGUUCCCUACGUUCCCCCUGGAGAGGAAUCUGACGUCUCUCUGCCGAGGUUCCCUGGGCUCCCCCUGGAGAGGAAUGCUCCUCGGGACCCACAGCUACAGAUAAGAGCGGAUCUCUUCCCCCCCUCCUGAGGGAACAUGGACUCUUCCAGAGCCGAGCUUCUCCUGGGGCCUCUGUUUGACCCGCAGGACGAUCUAUUCCACCCGCAGGGGUUUCCGGGGGCGGACCCCGCCGCCUUCCCUCUGUCCGAAGGUCACGGAUUUCCGGCCGAGAAACUGUACGACGAAUGGCAGCUCAGCGGGAGGACGGGCCUGAGCGAGCGCGAGGACGCCGACGACUACCUGCAGAUGAUGAUCAACCCCAACGAUGUCUACAGCGCCGAGGCGGCCGCCAGCGAGUCGCCGGAGAGCGACAGCGGCUUCUCGGACGACCCCCGGCCGGAGACCCCCAUGAGCCACGAGAACGCCGCCCCGCUGUCUGCGCCCCCCGUGUACGAGCUGGUGUACGACAUCGGCGCCAUGGAGGAGCGCAAAGUGCACGGCGAGAUGAGCAGCGUCAUAUCCAUCCAACUAGCAGAGGAUUGGCCGUCCCCCGUGCUGAUUCCGGAGAGCUGCAUCGUGAACGAUCUGCCGUCACUCCACGCCGGGCUCUGCAAGCCGCUGCUGAUGAGGGGCUCCUCCCCCGACCUGCUCUCCAUGGACUCCCUGUACCCGGAACUCCACCUGACCGACGAGGAGAAGAGGCUGCUGUCACAGGAAGGGGUGGCCCUGCCCAACAACCUACCACUGACCAAGGUACGGCACAACCUACCACUGACCAAGGUACGGCGCAACCUACCACUGACCAAGGUACGGCGCAACCUACCACUGACCAAGGUACGGCGCAACCUACCACUGACCAAGGUACGGCGCAACCUACCACUGACCAAGGUACGGCGCAACCUACCACUGACCAAGGUACGGCGCAACCUACCACUGACCAAGGUACGGCGCAACCUACCACUGACCAAGGUACGGCGCAACCUACCACUGACCAAGGUACGGCGCAACCUACCACUGACCAAGGUACGGCGCAACCUACCACUGACCAAGGUACGGCGCAACCUACCACUGACCAAGGUACGGCGCAACCUACCACUGACCAAGGUACGGCGCAACCUACCACUGACCAAGGUACGGCGCAACCUACCACUGACCAAGGUACGGCGCAACCUACCACUGACCAAGGUACGGCGCAACCUACCACUGACCAAGGUACGGCGCAACCUACCACUGACCAAGGUACGGCGCAACCUACCACUGACCAAGGUACGGCGCAACCUACCACUGACCAAGGUACCUCGCAACCUACCACUGACCAAGGUACGGCACAACCUACCACUGACCAAGGUACGGCACAACCUACCACUGACCAAGGUACGGCGCAACCUACCACUGACCAAGGUACGGUACAACCUACCACUGACCGAGGUACGGCGCAACCUACCACUGACCGAGGUACGGUACAACCUACCACUGACCGAGGUACGGCGCAACCUACCACUGACCAAGGUACGGCGCAACCUACCACUGACCAAGGUACGGCGCAACCUACCACUGACCAAGGUACGGCGCAACCUACCACUGACCAAGGUACGGCACAACCUACCACUGACCAAGGUACCUCACAACCUACCACUGACCAAGGUACGGCGCAACCUACCACUGACCAAGGUACGGCGCAACCUACCACUGACCAAGGUACGGCGCAACCUACCACUGACCAAGGUACGGCGCAACCUACCACUGACCAGGGUACGGCGCAACCUACCACUGACCAAGGUACGGCGCAGCCUACCACUGACCAAGGUACGGCGCAACCUACCACUGACCAAGGUACGGCGCAACCUACCACUGACCAAGGUACGGCGCAACCUACCACUGACCAAGGUACGGCGCAACCUACCACUGACCAAGGUACGGCACAGCCUACCACUGACCAAGGUACGGCGCAACCUACCACUGACCAAGGUACGGCGCAACCUACCACUGACCAAGGUACGGCGCAACCUACCACUGACCAAGGCCGAAGAGCGGAUCCUGAAGAAGGUGCGGAGGAAGAUCAGGAACAAGCAGUCGGCUCAGGAUAGUCGGAGACGCAAGAAGGAAUAUAUUGAUGGGCUGGAGAGCCGGGUGGCCGCGUGUUCUGCGCAGAAUCAAGAACUUCACAAGAAGGUUCUGGAACUGGAGAAGCACAACAUAUCCCUGAUCACCCAACUCCGCAAACUCCAGACCCUCAUCAAGCAGACGUCCAACAAAGCCGCGCAGACCGGCACCUGCGUCCUGAUUCUCUUCUUCUCCUUGGCGCUGCUGAUCUACCCCAACUACUACCCACUGCGCUCCGGGGCCGCGGCCAGCGACAAGGCCACCUACACACCCACUGGAGUGAUAUCCCGGAACAUUCUGAACACAGGAGGCUUCUCCGAGGUCACGGAGGCCCCCCUGCUAUCGGACCGCCCAACACCUGAGCUCCAGUUGGAAGAGAAGGUUCGGGAUGCCUCCAGUGGCACUCCACGCCCCCCUGAGCAGGAAGAGGCGGGCUCAGAAAACAGAGGCCCAGCCCCCGAGGAGCUGGUCCCCUUGGAAUCUCCUCCCCCUGGACAGAAAGACAUAUUACAGUUCCACAGAAGAGGGGGCUCUGCGGGGAAAGACCCUUCUAAGACGGUCCGGUCCGAUGAGAUAUGACCACGUAGAAAGGCAGAGACGUACCUGGCGACACUCAAUGCAAGCUGUGAUUGGAGACGUUACAAUUAGACGACAAAAGAGGGGGAGGAGGAGGAAGCGGACACGGGUCACGGGGGGCUUGUGGCGCACCCUCCAACAAAGAAACAACCGGCUGUGAUAUGUGCACCCCAAAAAAUGCACAAGGCCCCCGAAAAAAUACACAUCGCCUUACUCUUUAGUUUUCGGGAAAAAACUUACUGUGAAUAUUUUCCACCCCGCCCCUUUUCUGCCGAAGACGUUUCGUCCAAAGGAGCGUCACGCCUGUUUACAUUGACGGAGCCGCCGCCUCCCGCUUUCUCUCACUUCUUAACCCCUGAUGGACCGGAUCUUCCCGAUAUUCAGAGAAUUAUUUUAUAUUUUAUUUAUAUGACUAAUCAUUAUAUAUUUUCGUGGGAGGGUCAGAUGAGAUCUCCUGGGAUGUUGAAUAUGUAAAAUGUUUUAAUAAAAAGGUAGUUUUUAUGUUU